GAAGGAGAGCGUGCGCUUUCGGGAAGACUGAGAAAAGGGCGGUUCGUAAGACGAGAAAGUGGUGGUGGACGUAGUGUUGAAAGUUCUCUGGGUGCGAGUAGUAGUGUCCCCGGCGUCCCUUAGGCUCCUGCGUCUUGGUGGGGUUUGGGCAGACACCUGACGUUGGCCUUAGUCCUCGUUUCUUUUUGCCCUUCCUGUCAGAUUUUUUUUUAUCGUUUUCUUCUCUUUAAUUUUGACCUUCCCUGCACCUUCAGAGUUAGCGACCAUGGCUAUGGGUGCUGCCACGGCGACGACGACCAACGGCGACGCUUCACCGGUCGACAUGCCCGGCCGUCGCCUUUACGCUAAUGGCGCAGAGGAGAAGAACGGAGCCAGUCAUCACCACAAAUAUAAACAAUCGUCACGAUCGUCAGACGACGACGAUGUGCCUGACGAUGACUCGAUCGUGGAACGGACGCCUUCCAUGAUUUUCACCGAUGCCGAAUACAAUUCGAGCACGUUGCAGGGCCUCUCCAAGCUGCGCAAGAAUCGACAAUUUUGCGAUGUCAUUCUGCAGGUGGGGACGUGGGAGAUUCCGGCACAUCGGGUGAUCCUGGCCUGCUGCAGCCCGUACCUGUUCGAGCUGUUUUCGACGGACGAUGGCGGCAAGUGCAGCGAGGAGAACAUCAUCACCUACAAGCUCAACGGCGGCUUUGAGAAGGAUUCGUUCGAGCAACUCAUCAACUACGCCUACACGGGAAAAAUGGAAGUGGUGGCCAGUCAGGUCAAGGCGGUGUACGUGGCGGCGGCCAGGCUAAAGAUGGAGCGAGUCGUCAACUACUGCGCCCAGUACCUUGUCGACCAUCUGGAUCCUGCCACGGCCAUCGAGAUCCGUUCCCUGCCCGGUAUCCAGCGCAAUUCGGAGUUGGCGGCCCGAGUCGAUGCCUAUCUGGCCGCAGAGAUAACGAGCGUGGCUACCACCAAGGCCCUGCGCAACCUGCCUCUGGUCCAGGUGGAGGUGUUGGCCUCUUCUCGCGAGGAGAUGGCUCUACGCGAUGCCAAUGUGACCAUCCUUUGCAAUUUGGUUUUGGAAUGGAUUCAUCGCAACUGGGAACCCGCUCAGCUCAACGUCGACCAGCUGACGGCCAAAACGCAUUUGCUCUACCUGAAUUUGGACAACUCCCUUCACGAUUGUGUGGACAUUGAAAGCGGCGAUGUAAUUGAUUCGGAUAUUGUUCAAGAUUACAAAAAGAUGUCGAUCCGUCUUUCCCAGCCGGGCGGCAAGAACAAACGCCGAGGUUCGUCACAGCAACCGUCUCGUCCUCGCCACUCCCUCUACAGCCGCAACAUUUCAGAAGUGGCCACUGGUUCCGAAACAAUCCCAGAAGAGUUGGAAUGGCGUGUAGUUGCGGCAACGCAGAUGGGGGAAAAGAGUAUCAUGGCAUUGACAGUUAUCAACGGACGCAUGACCAACUUGUCCGUUCUUCAGAGACUAAAUGCUGCCCAUAAUGGUGCAAGCUAUAAUGAUGGUACUUUCACGCCCCUGUCAACCCCAGGACAGUCUAGACCGCCCAGCGUUGAGCGAUCGGCUGAAACUCUCAGCGCCAUUCCUCACAUGAGCACACCGCGUUGUGCCGUUGGAUGUGCCAAUUUGAACAACGCGCUAUUCGUUUGUGGCGGCUACGAUCGGGGUGAGUGUUUGCGGACAGUGGAGCUCUACGAUCCACUGCUCAACCGCUGGAGCCAAUUGCCGUCCAUGCGUGAGGCUCGCGGUCGAUUUGACAUCACCGUCAUCGAUGGCAAAGUCUAUGCUGUCGGUGGUUGUAACGGGACCACCGAGUUGGCAACGGCCGAAGUCUACAACAGUGAUAACUCCAAAUGGACGGCCCUGCCUCCAUUGGAACUGGCCCGUUCGAAUGUUGCUGUUUGCGAUCUCGCUGGAAAGGUGUAUGUUAUUGGUGGUUGGAAUGGACAGUGUGGUAUGAAGCAGUGCAAUAUCUUUGACCCCGUUGAAGGAAAAUGGACUGAAAUUGAACCUCUUAACUACGGCCGGUAUCAAGCUGCCGUAACCACCAGACUGGGUAAACUUUAUGCCGUGGGUGGAUGUGACGCUUGGAACUGUUUGAACACUGUGGAGGUCUUUGAUCCUGAAACCGGGGUGUGGGACUUCUUGCCGCCUAUGAACACCGCUCGUAGAGGAUGCGGUGUCACUCUUUAUCAAAACAAGUUGUACGUUGUUGGUGGCUCGGAUGGCACCCAAUCUCUAUGUACGACAGAAGUAUACGAUUUUGAGACCAAUACGUGGUCACCUGGACCGUCCAUGACUUCUUGCAGGGCUAAUAUUAGCGUUACAGUAAUCGAUGGCAAACUUUUUGCCGUUGGUGGAUUUUCUGGAAAAGUCUUUUUAAACAGUGUUGAAUACUUGGACCCCGAGUCGAUGGAAUGGACGACAUUUGUCAACAGGUCGUCAGCCGAAGAUACGCGAUCAGAGGCUAGUGCUUUCAGCCGAAGAGAGUCGCAAAUAACUUUACCUCCCGUCGACGAGGAAAACGUCGAAGAGAAAAUUCCAAGUAAUCAAGUUGAUUCUAGCGGAUGCGAAUCAGAUGAACAUUCGUCGUAAAGAAACGAACAGUCAUUCCGCAAGACGAGAAACAAUGAUGUUCUGAAUCCGCGAUCAACAUUCUAUCAGCUUCCCCUCCGCCCCCAAGGUUAGGCCCAUUUUUUUGUUUAUUUCAUUUUAAAUCGUAAGAAAGAAAAGUUACGAGGAAGGGACACUUUUUUUCUUCUUGAAUCUUUAAAAAAAAAAAAAGAGUACGGGGAAUACCUUUUUUUUUCUGUUUCUCACCGGGGACCAUCGCUCACAUACUAAAAUUGGAAUUCUCAUAGAAGUAGAAUGGGUUUAAAAAAAAAGAGAACUAAAGUUGAAUUAUUCUACGUUAGCCCGACUCUUCGACAGAUUGCAGAGCGAAAUUUACAAAACAAUACUACUAUUUUUGAUGAUAAAACAUAAAUAAGUGCCAGUUGAAAAGUUUAGCAAUUUGCUAGAAGAUGUCCAAGGAAGUGUCGUCUGCUGAUUGUCGGAAUCAGUGCGAUCGGUUUCAUUUAGUUUUAAACGGGGGGAGAAAAAGAAUUUACAUGUACUCGAAUUAGUCUCUCGUUAGGCGUUUCUAUCCUCGUUCAGAAAAGAAAAAUCGAGACGCAACAUCUUCACACAAAUUUUGUUGGAAUUGUUUCCCUUGUUCCGGAACCGGACACUCGAACUACUUUUGAAAUUAUUUUGCCCCCUAAAAAGUGUGUGGUAUUUGGAGUAGCGUGAUUCGCAUCAAAACGAGAGAUGGAUCUUUCUUAUCAUUUCUUUAAGUUUUGUUUUCAUCUUUGAUUUGCGAUUACAUUAGAGUACACUUUACUGUGAUAGCUCGCGAAAGAGAAAUGUAGAUUAAAAAUUCAAAGGUAUGCAAAACAAAGAGGCAAUGCAAAAAUGAAACAACUUGAGUGCUGGAAAAACUAAUUUAAUGCAUUGCGCGUUCUUUUAAUCUGCAUUUCUCAUACGCCAGUUUUUCCCUCCACACCCCCUUCUUUUUGAAUUUUCGUUUUAAUAUCAACACUUCUCAUUCGAGUAUACACCCUCACAUCUGGCCAUUACGUAAACCGAAUACACACUGCUGUCGUUGAAAUCGA